AUGAGCACAACUAAUCCUUUCAUCUACAUUGGGUUCUUCCGGACCUACCGUGAACCCCAUUAUGAUACGGAUCCUACACGGCCUCCUGUUGAGCUCUAUGGCGCAGAUUCUAUUUACAAUACUCUAAUGACCAGUUUCAUCAGGAAAAGUCAGCUAGAAUUGAUCGCAUUUACCGCGCAAGAACUUUGCAGAAACAUCAAAGCCAAUGUUAUUACCAAGAUCGCGGAGAAUAUUGGGACAAUAUACUUCCUGGACCCGGGUACUGGUGUUGCUACAUUCCUCGUCACUUCAGCCGAGUAUGAGAACUCUCCUAUUAAUCGUACCGACGCCGGCUCUGAGCGUAAAGACACUCCAGCGGAAAUUAUAGUCAAAUAUGUCAGCCGGAAGUUGGAGAGCAAGAUAGGGCCCGAUUUCCAUCUGACACUGAAAUCUCGAGAAGAAGUUGACCCGAAGGAUGUCAGGAGACGAGAUGAACUUAUUACGCUGGCAAAGAACGAAUUGAACGCGUAUCUUGUUCGCGCUAACCAGGAGCCAGAUAAAGUUCGCAGAAUAACGCUGGACGAUCGGAUCACGGGAAUUCAGGACCAGCUUGAUGAUGUAAAAAGAGUGAUGCACAAGACUAUUGACGAGGCUUUGAGGAAAGGGGAGAAGUUGGAUAGUUUGAUCGCCAAGAGCGAUAAUUUGAGCAUGCAGAGCAGAGCAUUUGCCGCUCAGGCAAAGAAGCAAAAUUCAUGCUGCGUGGUUAUGUAA